AUGGCGGAAAAGCAACGAACUACUAUCGAUCAGCGCUUCUGUACCAUGCAGGGAGGAACAGAGAGGGGGAAAACAUCACCGUUUGAUCCGUGUUUAAGCAGUAAUAGACCCGCAUCAGGAAAAACACAGGACAUUUCUCAUGUGCUAGCGAGCACUUUGAAGGACUUUUACACACAGAACAUCACUGGGAAGGACACUCUUUCAGAGGUCGUCAAGACCAAGAAAGAGCACAGCAGCUGCCAUGACAGAUACAUUAAAGAGCUCCAACAGGCCCACUAUGAAUAUACUCAGCGUAUAAAAGAAGCUGACAUGCUAGAAAGUCAUAUCAUUCAGGCAAAUGCUCAGGCUGCAGCUACAGAGAGUCAGGCCCUCGAGAGAAUGAAGGAGGAGAUUGGAGAGUUUAAUGAGCAUCAGAGCCUUCUAAUGGUUGAAUCUGCUUUUUCCUGGUGUGUGGACAGCAAUCUCCUGGAAAGUAACAACCUUAUAUCCCCACAGGACUACUUAACAAAAGAAAAACCACAUUUCAAAACACCAUCAGCAAUAAAAUCCAAUCCUGCCAGGACCACCAUCGCCCACACCAUGCACGUGUCCAGGGGGCCCCAGGAUGAUGGCUAUUCUCUAAUUUCCAGUCCAGAGAAGGCUCUGAAAGAAAUGAAUGACUCUGAUAUCUCUCCGACAUUUGAAUCCAGCUCAGAUAACGCAAAGUGGGGCAAAACUUCAAGGGAGAAGCCCAACCAGACUAAACCCAAACCAAAGUGGAAGGGGGAACCAAGUGCAAGUGAUCGAGAAGAAGGCUUGGGAAAACUACGUAAGCUAAAAGAGCAGCACUGCUUCCUGCGCAAUCCUCGCUUCCUUCCUCCAGAUGCACAGCAGGGGGGGACAUCUCUCAUUCGGCCUCGGACCAAAGCGGGGAAAAAGGAGAAUGUGGGGAAAAGGAUGGAAGAGCACAGCUCCACUGAUGACACUGCCCCAGUCUUCCUUGCCAAACCUUCAGUGGUAGUUUUCACUGACUACAGUGUGGGCCAUGUCUAUGAGACUGCUCUAGAGCUGAAAAACGUGACUUCUGCAAGCCGCCACAUCCGCCUCAUCCCGCCCACUACUUCUUACUUCUCUAUUGGCCUGGGGAGAUUUCCAGGUGAUGGGGGCGUUGUUGCACCAGGGAUGAGUUGUAAGUACACAGUGCGAUUUGCUCCAGACUCCCUGGGUGACUACGAGGACUUCAUUGUGGUUGAGACCCAGGCUGAACAACUGUUUGUGGUACCUAUCAGAGGCAUACGACCCCCUCCAAUGCUAACUUUACCAAGAGCUCUGGACUGUGGUUACUGCCUUGUUGGAGGAGUGAAGUUUGUGGAGUUUUUUUGCCAAAAUGUUGGGCUCAGCUCUGGAACAUUCUGCGUCAUCCCCAAGAAUCAGUGGCCCGCCUCGAAUCUCAGGUCUGUAGACAGAUGUUUCUUCAGUGAGCAGCCACCCUUUGCAAUUAGCCCGUCUCUUUUUGUUCUGCAGCCCGGAGAGGCCAUUGUAGUAGAGGUUGUUUUCUUCCCCACCACUGCUGAGAAAAGCAGUCAGACUUUCACAAUUGUUUGUGACAACUGCCAGGUUAAAGACAUUUCAACUGAAGGGGAGGGCCAGCUGAUUGCCCUGGAGCUUGUGUCAGUAUCUGGGCAGAAGGAGCCUCCUGUGUUAGGAGAAGCACAUGACCUCACUGCAGAACAUUUUGUCCGUUUCAGCCCAUGUAAUCCUCACUCUGUUCAAGAGAAGAAACUUAUAAUUAGAAACAAUGUCCACCUGGAGCUGCCUUACCAGUGGCAGAUCAUGAAACCCAACCUGCGUCCUCUGCUUCCAGGGGAAACCCCAGAGCCCUCCCACAUCCAGUUCCACCCAGCCACAGAUGAUGUCUUCCAAGUCAGCCCCACGACAGGGGUUCUGCCUCCCUGCCAGGAAGUAGAGUUUCUGCUGACCUUCAGUCCUAACGAGUUAAAGGAUUUCCACAGUGUGUGUCACUUAGUCCUGAGGGAUGUCCCCGAGCCACCACCAGAGCCCAGUGAAGACGGUGUCCUUCAGCCUGUACGCACUGGAUUCAAGGUGAGCGAUGUCAUCGUCAUGGAGAUAGAGGUCAAGGGGACAACGGAGCCAUACCAGGUCUUACUGGACCCCUAUGCUGUCAACAUACCAGGGGAAGUUUUUAUUUGUACAGCCACUCGCAGGCGGUUCAAGAUGUGGAACCAUAGCAAAACCUGCAUCUUUUAUCAGUGGGAGAGAUUGAACAGCAGCAGCCACAUCAUAGAAGUAGAGCCCCCUACUGGUAGCAUAGAGGAGAACGAGUGCUUUGAUUUCGAGCUGAUUGUAACUGGAUGGAAACCAGAGAAAGUUGUGUCCAGUCUGGUUUGCCACAUAGAGCACUGUCACAAGCCCGUAACUCUUCCUGUAAAAGUCUCCUUUAAGGGUCCCAUAGUGAUCCUGAGUGUGCCAGGUGUGGACUUUGGGCUCAUUAAAUUAGGUGAACAGACGCAGACCACGCUGCUCCUGACUAACAUCACUCAACUGGAGGCAAACUGGAUGCUGAAGGAGAAGCUUAAUAUUCAGCGAGACACACAGAUCAUAGUGAAGCCAUGCUCAGGUGUGCUGCCCCCCUUGGCCUCCUGCAGUGUGGAUGUGCUGUUUAUCCCACAUUUCUGUCAGCAGUAUGACUCUGAGCUGGAGCUGACCGUUGAGAACGGAACAGGAUGUCACCUGUCUGUGCGAGCAGAUGUGCAGUCUCCUCAGGUGUGUCUGCUCAACUGUGAACUGCUCCUGUCUGAACUCUACAUCGGAGUUCCUGCCAAUUCAUCUGUAACACUUUACAACCAGACCCCGCUGCCUACAGACUUCAGCUGGAUGGCUCAGCUGCAGGGUAAACAAGCUGAACUGUGCACAACCAGUUUUGAACCCUCCUCUGGUACUCUGAGUCCUAAUGCAAGCAUGGACAUCACAGUUACCUUUACCUCUCACACAAAUUUGGAGCUGACUGAAGUGGCUGCUCUCUGCGAGGUCCAGGGGAUGAACUCUCCUCUUGUUCUUGGCAUCGUUGCUUCCAGAACCAAGAAGCUCAGCGUGUCCUAUUCUCUGCCUUCUGUGGGCUCUUCUGAGGAUGAUGAGAACCCCUCAACGCUGUUACUAGACUUUGGAGUUGUAGUUUUGAGGAGAUCUGCUACCAUGCAGUUGCUGAUUACCAAUCAAACUGCCAUCGCCGCUCCUUUCACUGUGGACGUGGAGUAUUUCACCUGCCAUGCCUCGAAGCCAAAUAACCAAUCAGAAAAACGAUUUACAUACACCAAGAAGCCGCUUCACUCAGUUCAAGCUAAGAAGUUGGAAGAAAAAGCACACAAGGAGUUUGUGAGCAGCCUGCUGGCUGAUGGUAAAGGUGCAGCCUUCUUCAUCGAGCCACACUCCGGGAUUUUAGAACCCUAUGAGCGCCGCACUGUGGAUGUCACUGCUUACACUGACAUGUGGGGGGAAUACAGAGAUCACCUUGUAUGCAAAGUUGGGGAUCUUGAAGCCACACUCCUUCCCAUGCAGAUGACUGUUAGAGGAUGCCCUCUCUACUUCCAAAUGACGGGCCCGCAGCCAGACAACCAGACCCAGGGACCAACAAUACAUUUUGGAUCUCAUGUGUCUGGAGGUGAUACUGUAUCUCGUUGUCUUCGCAUCAACAACCCCUCCAUGUUUGAUAUUUGCAUUGACUGGGAAACCUAUAACAUUGAUGGGAAUGACCAUAAACUGAUGGCAUCUGGAGAAACCUCUCCAGUCAAUGAUGCUGAAGGCGAUAAGAUGUGCAGUGGUGACUCUAGGCAUUCUGAUGGCAACACUGAAACAGCUGGAGAAGGAGGCCCUGAGGAGACAAGUACCCCAGUCCAAAGCAGCACUGUUACUGUGUGUAAUAGUACAGCACAGGGUGAGAAAGAGAUGGAAUAUGUAUGCAAGAAUGACAAAGAGGAGGAAACAUCCAACCUCUCAGAUUACCCAUACUGCAUCACACCUCAGCAGAUGGUAAUUCCAGCAAAAGGCAGCAGUACAGUCCACAUUUCUUUCACUCCUUUGACUCUCUCUGGGUCCGUUUGUGAGUCCAAAUGUGUGGGCUUAGCUCUGGGCUUCCUAAGUCUAGACUCUGAGAUGGCUGCCUGUGUCCCAGGUAAAGUUACAAGAGCUCAGGGUUUGGAUUUGGAGCCUGUCAGGAUAGAACUACAAGGAGCCGUUAAGCCUGCACUGCUGUUGGUGCAGAUGGAGGAGGACGAGGGGGUGCUGGAGUUUCGAGCUUCUGCUGCUGAUUUACUGAAAUCAGGAGAAUCAAAGGAGGAGCUAAUAGUAAAUGAAUUUGACACCACACAAAACUUCCAGCUGAAAAACAACACAGAUAUGCCCCUACAUUUCAAACUGGGGUGCCAGCUGCCAUUUUUAGUGCUCAAGCCGCAGCCUCGAGCAUUCACCAGUACCUCCAGUAACCCACCUACUGGUGACAGCCAAUCUCUGGUGCUGACGCCACAACGCAGCAUGCAUGUUAAAGUGGCUUUCCAUUGCUCCCUGUCCCUCCUGGACCAUGCAGACAAAGAAGAUGAGGGAGUCCCACUUGGGGUGACACUGAUCACUGGUAAAAGUGGGCAGAGGAAGCUGAGGUUUCAGCAGAACCUCCUGAUUCAUUACAGCAACAACACACUGCAGACGGUGCCUCUCCGAGCUCACUUGGAUCUUGCUACGAUACGCCUGUCCACUGAUUCCAUUGACUUUGGAUUCUGUUAUGUGGGCCAGACAAAGACAGUAGAAGUCUACCUAUACAGCCAUGGAGCACACACUUACUGGAAAUCAGUUUUAGAGUCAGAUGUGUUCAGUGUGACGCCAGACUUUGGCCUUCUGAAGUCCAAAGAGCUUCAUGUCAGCAGCUGCUGCCAGUUUCUUCAGAUCAGCUUCACUCCCAGUGAGGACAGAGAGUUCAGCUCUACUGUGUUGAUCCAGUCUCCCCUGGUGAAGACCCCCCUCACUCUGCAGCUCCAGGGAGCAGGAUCCUUCAAUGAAAUGCACAAGUCGAACUAGACACUCUGAAAGAAGACUGUCAUAUAUUCACAAAGCUGCUGUUUCACCUGCUUUCCUUCAAAAAGUGAUUGCCUAUUUAUAAUAAUGUAAAUAAAGGAUCAG